AUGGCUCUGAGCGAUGAUACAUUUGGUGCUAUGCUGGUUGGGGUGUGGAUAGCGAUUGCGAUGUACGGGAUGACGACACUGCAGACAUACUACUACUAUUACCACUAUCCGAAGGAUAGAAUGUCCAUCAAGAUCCUGGUUGGGUCAAUAUGGGCCUUGGACACCCUCCAUGUCAUCUUCAUGUGCCACGCUAUGUAUUACUACUUGAUCAAGAACUUUGGGAACACUCUACCACUUGCAGCAGGGAACUGGUCACUAAUUUCGUCUAUCACUAUCAAUGUUGUCAUCGCUUUCGUUGUUCAAGCUUUCUUCACUCAAAGAAUCUAUGCACUAUGUCGGAGAAGGAAAUGGUUAAUCACAGGAGUAAUUGGGUUCACAGUCCUGGGUCACUUUGUCUUCGGCAUUGAAACCGUUGUCUUCAUAUAUAUCAAAAAGGAGUUCUCUCGACUGCGGGAAAUGCAGUACUACGCUGCCGUGCCGUUUGCCAUCUUUGUUGUUCUCUCCGACGUCCUUAUUUCGGCCGCACUUUGUACUUUUCUGGACAACAGUCGGACUGGGUACGAGGAUACCAACAGCAUGAUCAAUCGGCUGAUGGUGUUUUCUAUUAACCGCUGCGUGCUUAUUUGUGUUGUUGCCAUCGUGGAGCUGGUGGUGUUCAUUGCGAAACCUCACUCUCUCUAUGUCUUUGCUGUCGACUUUAUUGUCGGAAAACUUUAUGCCAACUCCCUCUUGGCAUCUCUCAAUUCUAGAAUGGCCCUGCGGCAGGGGAGAAACGAGAUAGAUUCGACGGACAUUUCGACUAGCUUCAACCUUGCGACCAUGCCUCACUCGACCAUCAGAACGGAAACCACCGCGGAUGUCCGUGCGGAACAGCUUGUGAGACUGAAUAGUACGGAUGGAGGGGAGCUGUUGGACGAGAAGGGUAAAUCUAAAGCGACUUCAUCGAGUUCUGACCACCUGUCGUCGAUAACGUCCCGUCGGCCUGGGCAUCCUACUGUGGAGGUGUAAUACUUAUUAUCAUUUGGCACGAGCCG